GCCAAAGCAUCGUUCUCGUUGCUCGAUUAAGCUCUCGUGUUGUUUCAGCGAAGUACAGUUAUCUCCACUCCAUCUGCAAUGGCAAAGGCUGAUAAGAAGCCCGCUGAGAAGAAGCCGGCGGCGGAGAAGGCUCCGGCGGAGAAAAAGCCAAAGGCUGAGAAGAAGCUCCCGAAGGAUGGAUCGUCCGCUGGGGACAAGAAGAAGAAGAGAACGAAGAAGAGCGUCGAGACCUACAAGAUCUACAUCUUUAAGGUCCUGAAGCAGGUGCAUCCGGAUAUUGGAGUCUCCAGCAAGGCUAUGGGGAUCAUGAACAGCUUUAUCAACGAUAUCUUCGAGAAGCUCGCGCAGGAGGCCUCGAGGCUCGCUCGCUACAACAAGAAGCCGACCAUUACCUCGCGCGAGAUCCAGACUGCUGUCCGGCUUGUCCUGCCCGGUGAAUUGGCCAAGCACGCCGUGUCUGAAGGUACCAAGGCCGUCACCAAGUUCACUAGCUCUUGAACAGUUAGAUAGGGUUUUGUUUUGUGCUGAAUUGUUGGAUCUAUUGGAUGUAAAGGUUUGGCCGCUUUACAAAUACAAAGCUCUGUAGUGUAAGUCCAUUUCCAGUAAUUAAAGAAACUCUGGUUUUGCUUUCGGUA